AUGACGGAGUUCUACGACGAAGAGAAGGCCGGAAGGCUACAUCCUGACGAGAAGGAUGUCAACGUUGAUGUUGGCAGCGCUCAGGGUUCUACCGAGCUUGUCAAUGAGGUGCCAGUCCAGAGCGGUGGUAUCCUCGGCACGCUAUGUGGCUGGGAAGCUACUCUAGACCGCAAGCUAGGCAUUGAGUCUCAGGCCAUUCGCCGCAAGCUGCCCGAGGAGAAGGUGCCUCAGAAGUGGCACAACCAGGCCGUCAUGGCUCUGCUGUGGAGUGGUGGUAUCAUGAACCUGUCUUGCAUGUCGACCGGUUUCCUUGGUCCCGAAUGGGGUCUCACACUCGGCCAGAGCAUCUGCAUCACCAUUUUCGGUACCCUCUUAGGAUCCAGUGUCGCUGGUUGGUGUGCUACCCUAGGCCCAGGAACCGGUCUUCGUGCAAUGUCCAUCACUCGUUACAGUUUCGGCUGGUAUCCCACUAAGCUCAUUGCCGUCCUCAACAUCAUCUCUCAAGCUGGUUGGAGUGCAGUUGGCUGCAUCACUGGUGGUCUUGCUCUUACUGCUGUAUCUGAUGGCAAGGUGUCGUCUGCUCUUGGUUGCGUUAUCAUUGCCCUCGGUAGCAGUGUCAUCAACUUCUGCGGUCUCAAGGCUAUCCUGUACUACGAGAAGUACGCCUGGUUCGUCUUCUUCAUUGUCUUCAUGAUUAUGUACGGUAUGGCCGCUCCUCACGCUGUCAACACUCCCGGCACGGAACUUCAUGGUGCUGAACUCGCCGGCAACGUCCUCUCUCUGCUUUCGGUCGUCUAUGGCAGUUCAUGCUCCUGGGCAACCAUCGCUGCCGAUUACUACGUCCACUACCCCAUCAAUACUUCCAAGGUCAAGGUCUUUAUCCUCUGCACCCUGGGUAUCAGCAUUCCUACCUGCAUCGGUAUGGUUCUCGGAUGCUGUGUUGGUUCUGCCAUGCAAGUCAACAAGGCCUGGAGCAACGCGUACAACAAUGAUGGUCUCGGCUACCUUAUUCAGAAGAUGCUCUUCCCUCAGGGCUUCGCCAAGUUUAUUCUGGUCUUGCUUGUACUCAGUGCCGUUGGCAUGAACGCCCUCAACCUCUACUCCUGCGCCCUGUCGAUUCAGCAAUUUGCCCGCCCUCUGGCCAAGGUUCCCCGUACCUUCUGGGUCCUCGUCGUGUUCGGCGUUGUCACUGCUAUCGCCGUUGCUGGUCGUAACCAUCUGCUUGAGUACCUGGAGAACUUCCUCUCUCUGCUUGGUUACUGGGGUACCUCGUACUUCGUUAUCGUCUUCAUCGAGCAUUACUGGUUCCGCAAGGGUGACUUUGCCAACUACGAUCUCGACGGCUGGAAUACCCCCUCAAGACUGCCUCUUGGUCUCGCUGGUCUGUUUGCUUUCCUCAUCGGUGUUAUUGGUUGGUGCCUCGGUAUGUACGAGACUUGGUUCACCGGCCCUCUAGCCAAACUCAUUGGUGAGGGUGGUGAUAUCGCCAACGAGCUCACCUUUGCCUUCACCCUCCUCUCCUACAUCCCUCUCCGCCAUCUCGAGUUGCGUUACUUCAAGAGAUAA